UAUGAAAGCUUCUUUAUGGGGUUUUGUUUUGUUUGUACAUUAGGUGUGAUUCCUCCUGAUGAAUAUUACUUUACUGUUGACAACUCAGUGUUCACCAAUGCUGUCGCCCAAAGCAGUCUUCGGUUUGCCGUGGAGUUGUGUGUCCUGUUAGCGCGGACGCCUCCUCCCGCGUGGCAGGACGUUGCUGAUAAGAUCAAGAUUCCCUUUGACCCAGAACUGAAGUAUCACCCAGAGUUUGACGGCUACACGCAGGGAAGUCGAGUCAAGCAGGCGGACGUGGUGUUGCUGGGAUACCCGCUGACCCUCCCCAUGACCCCCGAGGUCAGACGCAACGAUCUGGACGCAUACGAGGCCGUCACAGAUCCACUCGGGCCGGCCAUGACAUGGGGCAUGUUUGCUUUAGGUUGGCUUGAACUUGGAGAGGCUGAAAAAGCCCAAAAGCUUCUGCAGAAAUGCUUCAAAAAUAUCCAGAAACCCUUUCAGGUGUGGAGCGAGUCGGCGGAUGGCUCUGGGUGUGUGAACUUCCUCACCGGGAUGGGCGGCUUCCUGCAGGCGCUGCUGUUUGGCUACACUGGCUUCAGAGUGCAGAAGGAGCAUCUUGCCUUUGCUCCGCUGCUCCCACCGGGCAUCGAUGCUCUCCGCGUGAGAGGUGUGAGUUAUCUCGGCAACAAGAUGGAUUGGUUGGUAAAGAGUGCGGAGGUGAGUGUUUCAGUGAGGAAGUCUGGGAAUAAGGAGCCGUUCGCUCUUGAACUGGUCCUGAAUACUGGAACUGCAAUCCCACUUAUUCCAGGAGAAACAGUGACGUUUCCACGGCAGCCCGGUCAGAUCCGUAAAGUGAAUCCCGGUUUUUACUGCUGGCCGGUCGGAUGAUCCAUGUCGCAAACGGUUGUCUGAUGGUGUUUGGAUUAUAAAAAGGUUUUCAUACCAAAACAUGAAUAAAACAUUUGUGGGCCAUUUGUGUGACAUUUGCUUGUUGUAACUCUUCAAAAAUAAACUUUAUUUUUGACCUUUUUCAAGAUUGAAUCUAAUACUACACAUAUUUAACUAUUCAGAAUGUCUAUUGGUCAAUCUCAGGCAACUUUAUUAAUUUUUUUACAAGGUUUAAGCAGAAGAUGGACGCAUGUUUUCUCAAUCCUACCGAAAA